UUGACCCGGAUCUAACCUGCCCUAAUGGGUUGGGGACCUAACUUGGACCCGAACCGGGUCUAGGACUAACUUAGACCUAAUCGGGUCGGGUCCCACCCCUAAAACUUAUGCUUAGCAUUCAAUUUUAGAAAGAAAAGGAGUGUUAGUUUCAAAGGGGCGUGCUUGACCAUUUGUUGGGUACCCUACCCUCUACAUUAGUGAGUUGAAGUCUAGAGUGAUCCUUUCAGACUUUUACUCCUGUGGUGAUAAAAGCAAAAAGUCAGUGGAGAAAGCGGCAUCGUGGAAAUGAAUUAUUGACAAGUCAUAAAUACAUAUCGUGUGGACCAUUUUCAUAGUGUGGAAUUUGCCUAAGUAAACAAUCCUUCAUUAUCCUGAUGAUGAGAGAGAGCUGCAAAAUAAGCCCCUAAAAUGGCAGAAGGAAGCAGGCAAGAGAAGGAUAGUGAUGAGAGAACCUUAUGGACAUGGGUGCAGAAGAAUCCCCUAAAUCUAUCAACAAGAAGAACUUGGGAGCAUGCUACAGAUGUGAUCAUAGAUGUAAAUAUUGACUCUCAAUCCACAAACUCAAAUGAUCCUGCCACAAUAUCAGGUGCAACUCUGGAGAAAACACCUUGCAUCGUUCCGCUUGAAAGGCCACGCAUUCAUCGGUUGCCAGAUGAGAUUCGAAACUCCAACCGUAAAGCCUACACUCCUUCAAGUCUAAGGUUGGGUCCCCUUCAUAGAGAGAAAUGCAUCCCUGAAGAGGGACAAAAGCUCGCUGCAUUGGAUUGUGUCCUAAGAAGAACUGGCAAGUCGAAAGAAUACUAUAUGGAAGCGCUUGGGGAGCAUUACGACCAAAUAGUGGCCUCUUAUGAAGGUCUAGACCCAUGUAUGUCAGGUGGACAACUUUUAGAAAGGAUGGUUAUUGAUGGCUUCUUUGUCUUAGAAAUGAUGAGAGUGGAGUUUGUGGGGGGUUUCGAGAAGUUGGAUUAUCCAUCGGAUCACCCAGUUUUUGGGGCUAUAGUGCAGGCUUUCCACUGGCCUCAUGCAAAGAGGGACAUGCUAUUGCUCGAGAACCAGAUACCCUUUAUAGCUCUUGAAGCACUCAAGGCAGCAGAGAGUAGAGAAGAACCCAGCUUGUGUGUGCUUGUGUUUUGGUUUCUCGAGUCCAUACAUGAUGGCAGCAGUGAGCCCGAUAUGUAUGAAGGUGCCUUCCACCUCUUGGAUGCUCUUCACCGAAAGCUAACCGGCAGUCCUGGCCAUCCCCACCAUACUCGAGUCACUCUUAUAGAUUUGGUAUGUUCUGCCAUCCAAGGGGGUCUAAGGAUCAUCAAUAAUAAAAUCCUUGGUUCAAAGGAUUUCGAAAUAAGGAUCGACAAUUUUUGGAGGAAGUCUAACAUCCUAAGCAAUGAUCGAAAAAUGGCCAAACCAGCAAAGAAAGAGGUAUCACUAGUGAGCUCUAGAGCCGGCAGGAUGACUAGGGUGGGGGAGCUAAAGAUAAAAGGAAUCAAAGUAAUAGGAAGUGAUACAUGUAGCUUGAUGGCUAUGGAUUUUUGCCAGGGAAUUCACCUUGGUGCAACCCUCACUCUUCCUCUCUUAGUAGUGAGUGAUAUCAUGGAGGUUUUGCUCCACAACCUAGUGCUACAUGAGUUGCUCCACCCAAGCCUUGAGUAUAAGGUCAUCUCCUAUGUGAGAUUCAUGAGGGACUUGGUGAGAACCACAGAAGAUGUCCAACUUCUAUGCUCUAAGAAGGUAUUGGUGAAUGAGCUAGAGGGAGAAAUAGAAGUUGUGCUCUUCUUCAAGGGCUUGUGUCAUUUUGCAGUUAAGGCCACAUCAGAGGACACACAUGAGGUCCACAUGCUAAGGAGAUCUAUCAACAAUUACUCACAACCCAUGUGGACUAAGUGGGGAAUGUGGGUUAACACCUACUUCAGUGCCUUCUUUGUUCUCACUCUAAUCCAGACCAUAUAUGCAAUCCUUGCAUACCAUAGCAAAUCCUCUUUAUAACAUGAUAUUUGCUCCCCUUUUUUUUUUAUCUUUUAUUUGUGAUCUUUAGACGAUAUAAGUUUAGUGAAUGUAUCGACUGAAGCCAUAAAAAGAUGUAUGCUUCUUUGACCUUUGAAUGAAGUGAGAAAAUUAAAUUAAGGCUCCAAAUUGA